AUGACAAAUUUCUAUAAUCAGGUCACCGCUGUGCAAGACGGUAUAGCACAGUUCAGCAGCAACGUUGCACGGAUAGCCGACCUCCAUUCCCGUACCCUCAACUCCGCGGACGACAACGCGAGCCGUCAAAACACCGCUUUGCUUGACGAUCUUGUCGGACAGACUCGCGAACUGAGCAACAGCCUGAAGGAGAAGAUCCAGUCUCUGUCUUCCUACCCUGUCACCCGGCCUCAGGAUCAGGCAAUCCGCAAGAAUCAGACUUCUCUCCUGCGGCAGAAGUUCGUGGAGGUGCUCCAAAACUACCAGAAUGUCGAGCGGGAUUACCGACAGAGGUACCGCCAACGUGUAGAGCGCCAGUUCAAGAUUGUCAAACCCGAUGCUACGCCAGAGGAGGUUGCGGCGGUUGUGAACGAUACGGAAGGCUCCGGCGCUCAGAUUUUCACGCAAGCGCUCUCCUCGUCAACACGAUAUGGCGAAUCACGUCUGGUGUACCGCGAAGUUCAGGACCGUCAUCAUGACAUCCAGAAGAUUGAGCGUACGCUCGAGGAGCUGGCACAGCUAUUCAACGACAUGUCUGUCCUCGUCGCUCAACAAGACGAAGCCAUUGAUACUAUACAAACCACAGCCAUAGAUGUGGAAGGGAACACACGUGCAGGCCUGGAACAAACGGAAAAGGCCGUGAAACAUGCGCGAUCUGCCCGCCGCAAGCGUUGGAUCUGCUUCUGGAUCUUCAUCUUCGUCAUCGUCGUCCUCGCACUUAUCCUCGGUCUCUACUUCGGCGUUGGUCCUGGCAAGAAAUGA